AUGGCGUUGGAAAAGCCAUCACAAGCGAUAUCAGGGGAGGUGACCUCAUCAGCGUUCUCGAUGUUGAUGGCGAUGCCACUAGAGCACUGGGUGGCGCCAGCCUAUGGGGACGUCCUUGGAUAUGGGUAUUGGGUUACUGGAGAGUCCAAGGAAGGAGAUAACAUUGGUCUAGCUAAUGACAACACCUGUACGGGCAUUGAAGGUGGUCCAGGCCGAUCCGAAGGCACAAAAGAGGUCAUGGGCGAUGGCGCCAGCUGUGCUGUAGGCAAUGCCCAUGAGGGCAGCCAUGGCGUAGACGACGCCCGUAAUGGCAGACAUGGUGUUGGCGACGACUUGCGUCGAUUGGGCAGUAUGAGAUUGGGUUUAGGCAGCACUACUUCUACUUUGGGUUGCAAGGGCAAUGCUUCAAAUGACUUGUGUGGAG